UUUAUAUGAUCGAACCAUGCCUCAGCCUUCGACAGAUGAUAAAAUUCCGGUUUUUAACAACUUCAUGGAGCCCCCGGUGGACACGAAGAACGGCCAGUACUUUCGGGAUGGGAAGAGGAAAGUGGAUUAUGUUUUAGCUUACAACUACCGAAAACAGUCGCCAGAAAGCAAAACUGCUGGGAUCCAGAGCUUGGCCAUCAUAUCUAACGGCAGAUUUCAAGGUCCUGUUGCUGGGAAGGACAGCUGGGGACGGAAUGGGGAGCAGGAGGUGAGAGUGGAAGUAGAGGCUGUCGACUCAGCAGAAGCGGAGAAGAGAGUGCUGAGAGAGGAAUUUGAGACCAACCUCAUUAAGGCUGGUCUCGAAAUCGAACGGGACAGAGAAAACAAAGCACAUGGCCUGGCUUUCAUAAGACUGCACGCACCCUGGCCUGUUCUGAGCCGUGAGGCAGAGUUCCUGAAAAUCAAAGUUCCCACCAAGAAGAGCUACGAGAGGAAGAAGGAGACGGGGAUGUCACACAGCUUGUGCGUUUUAUGGCGUAAACUCAAUCAGCCCUUUCAGCCCAGAGUACCAGACUUGAUGGGCCAAGGCCGGACCAAGUUCCUGUCCCACUGCUUUUCCAGGGAUAAGCUGCACCUGUAUGACAUCAAGCACAAGGAUACGUUCUUUGACAACGCAACCCGCAGUCGUAUAGUGUAUGAGAUAGUGAGGCGUACUUCCUGUUCCCAAGCCUACCAAACCAUGGGUGUCACCACUUUAAUUGCCAAAGGUGUUUAUGACUCUGCCUUCCCACUGCAUGAUGGUACCUUUCAGAGUCCUCAGGAGAUAGAGAAGAGGAAUGACAGACAGCUCCUGCAUGACGAAUGGGCCAGAUACGGGGUGUUUUAUAAGUACCAACCUAUAGAUCUAAUCAGGAGGUACUUUGGGGAGAAGAUCGGCCUGUACUUUGCCUGGCUUGGCAUUUACACCCAGCUGCUGAUCCCGGCCUCCGUGGUGGGGAUCAUCGUGUUUUUCUACGGCUGUGCGACUCUGGACUCUAAUGUGCCCAGUAUGGAGUUGUGUGACGAGCAGCGGAAUUUCACCAUGUGCCCCCUUUGUGACAACGUGUGUGACUUCUGGCAGCUGAGCUCGGCCUGCAGCACUGCUAGGGCAAGCCACCUGUUUGACAACCCAGGCACCGUCUUCUUCGCCAUCUUCAUGUCACUCUGGGCUGCUAUGUUUUUGGAGCUCUGGAAGAGGAGGCAGAUGUGUCUUUCGUACAGGUGGGACCUGGUCGGCCUGGAGGAGGAAGAGGAACAUUCAAGACCGAAGUAUGAGAACGUUAUACUGAAGAAGACAAUGAACAAGAGGAAAAAAAGAAAGCGGAACAGGAAUGAGCCAGAGAGAGGGGCUGAGGAUGCUACGGAUGUGGGACAGUGGAGGCGUGUUCUGAGUGCCAUAGGUGGAGCAGCCCAGACAGGAGAGGAGAAACUAAGGUGGACUGACUGGAUGCCUGGGUACAUUUUCAACAUCGCCUCCAUCUUAUUUAUGUUUGGGCUGACAUUCUCUGUCGUGUUUGGGGUGAUCAUCUAUCGAAUCACCAUCUCAACCCUGAUGGCCAUGAACCCUGAAGCUGAGACAAGGUCCAAUGUUCGUGUGGUAGUCACCUCUACAGCGGUCAUCAUCAACCUGGUGGUCAUUCUUAUCCUGGAUGAGAUCUAUGGAGCUGCAGCCAUCUGGCUCACAGAGCUAGAGAUCCCUAAAACUGAAGGAGAGUUUGAAGAACGCAUGAUUUUGAAAGCUUUUCUUCUAAAGUUCAUGAACGCUUAUGGUCCGAUUUUCUACGUGGCAUUUUUCAAAGGAAGGUUUGCGGGCCGGCCUGGAGACUAUGUGUAUGUUUUCCAAGGCUAUCGAAUGGAGGAGUGUGCUCCUGGGGGAUGCCUCAUAGAGCUCUGCAUCCAGCUCAGUAUCAUCAUGCUGGGAAAGCAGCUCAUUCAGAACAACGUCUUCGAGAUCGGCAUCCCGUAAGUGGCCCCGCUGCCGUCAUCGGCAGCAGAUGCUCCCACCUGUAAAGAAGAAAAAGAAGAGCAGAGUCACGGAGAGAUUGUGCAAGAGAGUUUCGUAGACCUGCCACCCAUGGUGGACAGUCUGGUACCUGAAUAUUUAAAAGUGUUCAUCCAGUUUGGCUUCGUCUCUCUCUUCGUGGCCUCCUUCCCCCUCGCCCCCCUUUUGGCUCUGCUCAACAACAUAAUCGAGAUCCGCCUGGAUGCCAAGAAGUUCAUCACGGAGUUGCGUCGGCCCGACGCCAUGAGAGCUAAGGAUAUAGGUAUCUGGUAUAACAUUAUCAGUGGCAUCGGCAAGUUCUCCGUCAUUAUCAAUGCUUUUGUCAUCUCCUUCACGUCAGACUUCAUCCCACGCCUCGUCUACCAGUACAUGUACAGUGAUACUGGCACCUUGCAUGGCUUUAUUAACCACACCCUGUCCUACUUUAAUGUCAGCGACCUCAAGCCUGGGACAGAUCCCAGCUCCUCCCAGCAAAACAUCAUGAUAUGCAGGUACAAGGACUACAGGGAGCCACCCUGGUCCCCAGAAGCCUACCAGCUAUCAAAACACUACUGGACCAUACUGGCCAUCCAGCUUGCCUUUGUCAUCUUCUUCCAGAAUCUAGUGAUGUUCCUGAGUGUGCUGGUCGACUGGCUCAUCCUUGAUGUGCCCAAGGAUAUCAGCGAGCAACUUAGGAAGGAGAAGUCACUUUUGGUGGAUGUCUUCAUGCAAGAAGAGAAAGAAAAGCUGAAGCUCAUCCAUAGUCUAUUUCUCAAAGGAGCUGGAGCCAAAAGCCAGUGCGAGGCCUUGCAAGUUCACCAGCGCCCCGUGCGGACAGGGAAGCCUCAGAGACGUGGUCGUGCAGCCAGUUUCAGCCAGUUCAGCAGAGAGCCAUCCCCCAUUGAUAAAGUGACGCACCCAGAGGUUUGAGGGACAGCAGCCAUGGAAUGGAGGACACUGCAGUUCUGUGGAUGCACAAUCUACGUGGUCGACAUGAGUGGAUGUGCCGAUGGUGUUAGGCUGCCAUGUCAGCACAAGACCUUCCUCACUGGACCAAAACCGGCAUGAAGUCAAUCAUCUGUGUCUUCAUCUGUUUUUUGCCUGAAAUUAUUUAAAGUCAGAGUUGGGUUUCAGUCUAUGAUGGUUGUACCUUUUCCUUUCCCAGGCUAAAUUUUUGCUGGGGAAAUGGUGCAGAAUCAGAAGAACAUUUUGGCAACGGAAGAACAGGGGCGAUUUUUUUAAGCAUGAGAUUAAGAUGCUUAAAUCUGAAUUUUUAUUCUGGAGGAGUACCACCAACUAGAUACAUUGGAGGGAAAGAGGGGAAUCAAAAUGUAUUUUCGCCUCAUUCACUGACUGUCACAGCACUUCUACCAAGUUCUACCUGACAGAAAACUGGAUUUUAAGAAAAACCACAACCUAAGCAUCAUAAUCAAAUGUUAUCAUGCAGAGCUUUUCAUAUACGGAUUCUGCCACUUCACGUGGACUCCUUUGUUUGGAAGCAAAUUGCAUGUGCUGACCUAAUUCAAGGACAUUACUUAAUCACAGUCUUUUAUAAAUAUUUAUAAUAGUUACUUUUUCAUAGUACAAAUGUUGACAAAUGUUGAAGUCUGUACCAGUGUGUUCAAUAUCAUGGAAAUAAGCAUGACCUGUGUUAAGAACCGGAAAAUGGAUGUGUUCAGAAAGACCCUUCAGAACUGUCAAGGAAUUAAUCAUCAAACAUUAUGUAUGAAAAUAUAUUAUUUCUGAAAGACUCCAGUGACCACAAUGCUAAUGCUAAGUGUGCCAGUAUGCUGCAUUUACAGCAUCUAAUGCACAAAUAUGCUAACAUUAGCAUGUUUACGUUAUCAGCUAUCUUGUGAGGGUGUUUCCUGAAAUGAGCAAAUGCUGUGAUAGCUCUUGAAGAGCUAUAUAGAAUUAUAUAGUAAAAUUAAAUAGAAUUUCAAUAUUUUUAAAGGAACAAAAAUGCCAAAUUUUUAGCGUUUUUGAAUUUGGUUGAGGUGGGGGAAUAUGUAUGUGGAAACCAAGAUAGAAUGAUGUUGUUAAUGGCUGUGUAUGUGUAACCUGUGUGUUGUGAUUUCCACUGGCACAGUAGGGUAGGACGUGCGAAGGGCUGGCUGGUAUGAUUCCGGUGUGAAUAAUAUGAAUAAUGGCUUUCUGGGUAUAGCCGUUUACUCCAGAUGUCUUAAAAAGCAACACAAGGCCCAAACUCUCAGGCUUAAACCUCAGCUUAGUUCUGUUCUAAGUUGUAAUCUGAAUUUCUACCUUGCCAGAUAAUAUGGAAAGCUGUUUCAUGUUUGUUCUUUAUAGAGCUACAUUUGGAAUGUUUCUUAAAAGCAGGUUUGAGACAAUGUCAUUAUGCUGCUUGAACCAAGUGUAAUAUAUAUUUAUAUAGGCAUAGAUUUACAGACAUGUGCAGAGACAUGCGGCCACACG